AUGUCUUUAAAGCAAUCGACUCACAAUGCAAAGAAACUCGGUGAUAAAUACUUUGCUUCCGUCGAUGUAUUCCAUCAACUGCACUGCUUGGACCUGAUCCGGAAGUACAUAUUUCGCAACCACUAUCCUGAUUUCAUGGCGUUCCAAGACAGUGAAUAUGCUAUCUUCAAUCAUGUAGACCACUGCAUCGAUAUUAUACGACAAAAGAUCAUGGUUAGUCCCGUCUUGCUCACGAAUGAAUGA